UUUCUGUUGCGUCUGAGUGAGAAUUUUUUUUCCUGAAUUUACGCACUCCCACAUAUACUGUUGGUUUGACAGCUUACUGCAUAUGGAUAAUGAGCAUAUAUAAUCGAUUCUGUGCUAGGUAUCAACAUUAAAAGUGCCGUAGCUAAUGAAUUUCGGAGAACUAUAACUAAGUAAAAUGUGCAUGUAGUAAAGAGCAUUUCACUUCUGAAUAAUUUCUAAAAGUCACAAAUAAGACAAAGUAUCUUUAUCAACGUAAUCCCUACUGUAUCAUGCUCAUCUGUAAGUGGGAACAUUCCAGUACUGUUGUAUGUAAUACUGCCCCUACUUUCAUUAUGAUGUAUAUUUGUUGCAGGUCUCAACUAAAUGUUGUAUGAAUAGCGGUAGAGUUUCAGUGGAGAACCAUCAAGUUUUUACAGUAAUAAGUGUAUGGAAUGGUUAUUUCAUGAAAUCUGAGAUAUUUUUCUUAUGAGGCAUUUUCUGUGUCAAUCAAAAGUAAAGAAGAUACAGAACAGAACAGUGAAACCAGAGAUUUUUUGAAGUUGCACAUCAUGAGUCCCGUAAGGGUUCGAGGAGUAUAUUGACCACAUAACUCACUAUUGCAAUGUGCAAACCAGUUCAUGUGUUACUACACUGUUGUGAAAAUGAUCAUAUUAUAAUUAUCAGUUCCUGCUUUCCCAUGGUUAUUCAGUUAACAUAUUCUUUUAUUGCUUUAAUACUGUAUUGUUUUUAACAGUUGUUAAUAAAAUUCUCUGUAAUAAUCUUCUUUCCAUGCAUGUUUUCAUGACAGGGUAUUUGACAACUCUGGGAGCCUUCAUUACUAAACAAAUACCAAUGAGAAAUAUUUUGUUUACAGUGUUGCAUUAAUUAUCGGUCAAAUGAUUUAAAGAUGGGCCUUCAUUUAAUUGAUACAAUUCCAAUGUUUUCUAAAAAAAAUUCUCACACCUCUAAUUUUCAGUAUAUAAGCCAAAAUUUUGCAUAAAUGACUAAUUAGAGGUCCACUCAAUUUACUGACUGUGAUAUCUAAUGCUACAUUUUGAUGUAGAAGAGCAAUUUCCAUUACAAUCUAGGGCUUGAAGUCCACUCAAAAUUAAUUCUGUAUUUUUCGAAGAUAAUAAUCUUAGUAUAUAUAUAAUUAAUGUAUAUUGUCUUAGAAGCGAUUUCUGCCAUGAUUGUGUUUAAUCCUUAGAGAAUGGGUUAUUCAAAGCUUCAUGUGCACACAAAAUUGAAAGAACACAAUUUCUUUGUCUAUUUUAGUGGAAAUGUGUUUAACGCAAGUCAUUGUAUUUUGGGUAUUUUGAGAUAGAUAAUUUGGCCUUUUUCUCUUUUUUCUUUUUGGAUUACUUUUGGUAUGUUUUGUUAAGUUUUUUUCACAGACCUGAGAAUGACAAUUGUUUUUUUUUAUUAUAUGAUUAAUUUUUUUUUAUUAUAUAUCUUGAUUACUUGUGAUAAUCAUUAGCCUGAUUAGGCUCUAGUUAUAUUAUAGCUCUAGUUAUAUUAUCAGCUACUUUUUGAAAUUUUAUAAAUCAUGUCUAAUAUUUAUAAUACGGGCAUGAAAGAUUAUUUAUUUCUCAGAACAGGAUGUAUCCUCACUAACAGUUAUGUCAUCCAUUCGUCCAUUUUCAUUUUCAUUGGCUUCCAUUAAGAACCAUUUCUGAUGGCCAGUAUUGUUAUAUAAUAAGCUUAAUGUUUGGCAGGUUUGGUCACUGGAUCCUAGAAACAACAAACAAGUGACUGUGUUCCUGUCCUUGAAUUUCCUCCAUGGUAUCUCUGGGAGCAUGUAUACAUCUGGAAACAUAGGUUUUGAUAUACUGGUUGCAUGGAGCUCAAGAGUAAGGAUUAAGCAGAGUUUACAUCAGGUUUUCAAUGGACAUAUUUUUGCAUCAAGAUUUACACCACAUGAAAUAGUCAUAAAUGGAGUAAAUGUAAUGACUGUUUAUGCUGUUCAAUAUGAUCUGUGACCCCUUUUAGCCUCCCAUCAUUUAGCUGCCAUGGCUCUUGAGUGCUCAGAGUGUGGUAAACAGUUUACAAAUAAAGAGGCUCUCAAUAAACACAUGUUAAUGCAUACAUGGGAAACACUUUAUAGUUGUGAACAGUGUGGGGAGAACUUUUCACAAAAGGUUUCUCUUAAGAAACACAUGAUCUGUCAUGGUGAUAAAAAAACCUUUAAGUGUGAAAUAUGUGGGAGUGUUUAUAGUGCAAACAAGAAUUUGAAGAGACAUCUGAAAACAUGUGGCAGUACAGGAAGCCUUAGUAAAACAAAAUGCCUCCACCCAUCCUGUGAGAAGAGGUUUUUCCAUGUAACCAAGAUGAUACAUCACUUGGAGAGCCACCACUCAGGAAUGAAGGUGGAAGUCAGUGAGUUUCAUUUCCAGUCACUCUCGGAUUUCACAGAAUGGAAGGAAGAGGAAGAACACCGGACCCACACGUUUUUCAGCAGGGCCAGUGGGAAGACAUACCUGAAGGGAGCAGUGUACUGGUACUUCACCUGCCAACAUGAUGGAUCAGCCAGGUUCCAUUGUAAGAAGGGUGAGGCAGGGAGACUUACUAACAGGAAGUGGAUGAAGGGGAGAGUAAAGACUGGCCUCACUUGUCCCUCCCGCAUCAUGGCCAGACAGUUCAAUGACGGCAGAGUCUCAGUUAAAUACAUAUCCACCCACAGUCAUGAUGUCAUCUUUGAAAACAGGAAGUUCCAGCCUUUGUCAGGAAGAUUGCUGAGUAUGGUGAAGCAGCAGUUAGCAAAUGGAAUCGCCCCCAAAGAAAUUCAGAAGAACCUGCAAAAGGGAUUUGCUCUCAAUAAUGAUGGAGUGCCAAAGAAAGAUCACCUGGUGACGCUGAAGCAGCUCAAUCAGCUUAAGAGGAAACUCUGGCAGAAAUCUCAGCCAAGACUUAGUGACUUGUGUUCACUUGUGUCCUUAGUUAGUAAGCUCAAAGAAAGUCCAUUGGAUCCAGUCAUUGUGUACAAGCCUGAUGGACAAAACAUUGUCUGUGGGAACUCCAAUCUUGCUGACUUGCCGCACUCACUAGAACUUGUCACAAUAGGCCUUCAGACAGAAGAACAACUGAGAGUCAUAAAAGACAAUGUUUUGAGGAUUGUGAGUAUUGUGCCAAUUAAUUGGUUCAGUGAAAUGGACAUUUGCAUGCUUAGUUUGGUAGUGCCAGAUGACUGUGGGUCUGGUCAUCCCAUUGCACAUUUCAUCACAAACUAUGUGGAUGAAGCAACUUUGAGGUGUUUAUUUUUGAGCCUUUUGGAGAGAUGUCCUCUUUUGAAGAUCAAUGCUAUUAUGACAGAUGAAAAUAACUUUGGUUUAAAUGCUCUUAGGUCAGUGUUUGGGGAUUCAAGACAUCUUCUUUGCCAGGGCCACACUAGAAGAAAUUGGCAGGAGAAAUUACAAAAACUGAUAAACUGUGAUAAAACCAGGUAUGAGGUGUCUGCAAUCUUGGACAUGUUGUUGUAUGAAAGGGAAGAAGAAACAUUUAAACAGAUGUGUUAUACUUUCAUUGAGAGUUAUGGUAAAACAUGCUCAGCAUUUAUAGAGUUCUUUUGUGAGCAUUAUUUGGACAGACAGCUGAAGUGGGCCAGUUGCUUCAGAAAACUUCCUGAAGGUGGAUUUGAUUCUAUGGAAUAUGGUGAGGCCUUCAAAAGUAGACUUAAAAGUUGUCAAAGAGAGAGGAAUUGUGCAAAUGCAAUGUGUAAUUUUGUGCUAACACUCCUGGCUUUGGAACAGGGAGACUCUGUAAACACUAUAGACUGCAGAAGACAGCAAAUUGAUAAAACUAACAGACACACCAAGGGAAUGCAAAUUCCAGACAGCAUUGUGUCGCAGGAGAGUGGAGUUUGGAAAAUUACUGAUAGAAAUCACUGUCAAGGUUUUUACUAUGUUACGAAAAUUGCAGAUGUUUGUCGUGAAGAUCUUUGCUUUCAGAAGUGCUUAGACUUAUCAUGUGCAGGUUUGUGUUCUCAUCUUUAUGUGUGUGAUUGUGAAGACAUGGCUGGGCUGUGUAGUCAUGUUCACAAAAUACACUCUAUGGAAUUUAGGAAGCAGAGUGCACUGAAGAGUGAACAAGAUAUUUAUUAUGAGCAUGAACAAGAGGUGUAUUGUAGGCAAGAAGAGGUUGUUUAUGGAGAACAAGAACAAAAAAAUUAUAGUAAAGAACCAGAACAUAGCAUAUACAUUGCACAGGAAAUGUCACUCAAACAGGAACCUGAGUUGUAUUAUGAACAAGAAAUAUUUAUUGAACAGGAACAAGAAAUUUGUAGUCACCAGAAACAGAACUUGUGUGAACAAGUUCUUGUUUAUGAAGAGAAUUUUGUUGAAGAAAAUGUGAAUCAUCAUUACUCAGAGGUUGAAACUAUGAGUUCCAUAGCAGAUGAUGAUAAAAUAAGCAGGCAGGAAAUUAAUUAUAAGAUUGAAAAAUGUGAAACUCCCUCUUCAGAGCAUGAACAUUCAUUGGCAAAGGAAGGUAGCACCUCAGAUGCCAUUUUUACAAACAUCAACAGACUCAAAUGCUACAUGAAAGAUCCUAAGGUAAAGAAAAUACUCUUGUCAAACAUCUCAGGCACUAUGAACAAGCUUGUUAUGCAUUGUGAAGCUGUGUCUCCUGAAUCCAAAAAGUUGAGCCCUUCCAGUGCUGUAGCAGAGGGGGAAGUGUCCAGUCCUUCUAUCACUCUUGUGGAUUGCCAGUCCUUCACUCCCUCUGUUUCUGUUGUGCAUCCUGGGGACCUAAGUUCUGGCACUGUUUAGUAUUUUCAGCACAAGCGAAUUGAAUUUAGGAUACAUAUUACAGUGUCAUAUAUAUGUGUAUAUAUAUAUAUAUAUAUAUAUAUAUAUAUAUAUAUAUAUAUAUAUAUAUAAUUUUUUUUUUUUUUUUUUUUUUUUUUUUAGCCAACAUUAUAGAAUCAUCCUCUUUCACAAAUGUUUUCAUGUUAUUGACAUAAAUGUUUAUGCCUAGAAUUUCUUAACUCGAGCGAGCUGAGUUUGUGAUGGGGUCUAUUUUUUCACCCAUAUUUGUAGUCUGUACACUCCUUUUGGUAAUAUUUUGUAUAGGCCUAUGUGAGAGAACAAAAGUAUCAUGCAUCAUGACUGAUAUCAAAAGCCUGUAUAGUAAUUUGGACAAAUAAUGAAUAUAUCUUAUGUUUGAGGGCUGCCACAGUGGAGUGGUAACUCUUGCAAUUAGGACUAGGAGGUCUCUAAAUACAUUGGUGUGAGUCAUGGCUGUAGUCCAAGGUUAAGAAUGGCAACCACUUGAGGUCUCCACCUGCCAAGUAAAAUCCCUUCAAACAAAAUAAGGCACCGUCCUAGUGCUAGUUUAUUGAGUAAAUUGUCACACAUCUUUUGCAUGUGAAGUAAAACAUACAAUUAAA